AUGAGCCAAAAUCAAGAUGGGUACCAACCCUAUGACCAGUUCAUUCUGUUUGGGGAUUCCAUCACACAGAUGGGUUGCAACCAAGAGAUAGGAUUCGGCUUUCAUGCGGCUCUUCAAGAAGGUAAAUUCAGCUCUCAAGUCGUCUUUCUCGAUGCUUAUGAAACAUCAGCCUACAGUCGGAGAUUAGAUGUGGUCAACCGCGGUCUAGCUGGAUAUUCAACCGCCCAUGCCAUCAAGGUCUUUGACAAGUGCUUCCCACCACCACAGAUUGCCAAUGUGCAGUUCAUGACCAUCUUCUUCGGCGCCAAUGAUGCAUGCGUUCCAGGCCACAGCCAGCAUGUGCCUGUAGACCAAUACAAGGAAAACCUGAAAGCAAUCAUUCAGCACCCAGCAACAGUCGCACAAAACCCCCGCAUCAUUCUGAUCAGUCCCCCUCCAGUCAAUGAAUAUCAAUUGGAGGGCUUUGAUGCUGCAAAGGACACCCCACACCCAAGCCGAACGGCUCACUUCACCAAGCUAUAUGCAGCUGCUGCAUUGGAAGUUGCUGCAUCCCUGAAGGUUCCAGCUGUGGAUUUGUGGUCAGCCUUUAUGAAACCCACUGGCUGGCACGAGGGUCAGCCGUUGAUUGGGUCUCGCGAUGCUCCGAGCAAUGAAACAUUUGCCAGCCUUUUCACAGACGGUCUGCAUCUGUCUUCUGCUGGCAACCGCCUUGUUUACGAAGAGGUUAUGAAAGUCAUUGAAGGCAAUUGGCCAGAUCAGAGCCCGGAGGUGCUUCCGAUGGUGUUCCCCUCAUGGGUGGAUGCCCCCAAAUGA